AUGCCCAGCUCCGGUGAGCUACUGAACUGGAAAUACGAUAACUACCUGGAUUACAAAUCCUACUGGCCUGUUAAUCGGGUUUUGAAGCCUAGUGACAAGGCUGUCCUCGCAAAAUGGCGACAAUUUCAGCAGGCUGUUCACAAAAUCGGUCUUCUGGGCACCUCGGCUCAGGACAGCCCCCUUGCUUUGGUCACUGGGGUUCAGGGCGUUGAGAACCUGCUUACGUGCUAUCGCGCCUAUACAGCUAGCGGAGCACGUGUCUACUUCAUAGUAAGCUUCCAGACGCUCAUCACAUUUGUUAAUCCGAACCUUGUUAUCCAGCAAGCCAGCGGCCAGUAUCAGGUGAUGUUCGACUUGAAAAAUGUUUACACCAGCCGUAAGAAUCCAGGGAAUGUCUAUCUGGAGAAUAACCAGAUACUGUUAGUCAGCGCAUAA